AUGGGCCUCUCGCUCUCGGACACGGUUUCCCGCCCUUCGGCAUCCGCUUCCGCCCCACGCUUCGGCCUGUACCUCCGCCGCUGGAUCGCGGGCGACCCGGUCCCCGACGCCGAGGGCAUCAUCCACGCCGCCGACGUCUACGGCCACCCGCCGGCCGACCUCGCAGCCGCCUUCCCGCGCCUGCCCAAGACCCACGACAGGUACUUCUAUACGACCUGCAAGCGCGUCCCGAUCCGCGGCGGCGCCGGCUACCGGACCUCGCGCGCCGUGGCCGGGGUCAGCUGGGGAACCAACAACAACAAGCCCGUCGUGGACGCCGUGACCGGCGAGCCCAUCGGGUUCGUGGAGACGCUCAAGUACGGCAAGACGGACUGGCUCAUGGAGGAGUUCCAUCGGUUGCCUGAGGAGGCCGCCGCCGAUGGCAUCGCGGAGAGCGUCCUCUGCCGCCUCUACGUCAAGGAGCAUGCCAAGCCCGGCUCCCUCGCCGUCGCAGAGUCCAUUGCUGGGGAUCGUAUUCUUCAACAAGAACCAGCGGCUGCUGCAGGGGAUCUUCUUCUUCAACAAGCAGCCAUGGCGGCUGGUCCGCAGCGGAUGCCGCCGUCGAGCCCGCGGAACCGCCGCGUCAUGGCGCUGCCGGUGCUCCCUGCGCCGGCGCCGGCGACGAUCCAGCAGAAGAGGGCGGCGCCGGUGGUGGCCGAUGCGCCGCGGCCCAAGAAGAGGACGCGCGCUGCUGCCCCUGCUGCUGCUACACGUCCGGUCAUGGCGAGCCCACCGGCGGCGACAGCACCGCCAGCUCCCAAGGUGGUGCCGCUGCGGCAGGUACCACGGCCGUCGGGGUGUCCGCCGCCGCCGCCGGGUCUCCUUGGUCUCGAGCCGCGGCGGCCCACGCUGACGGUCGCCGAACUCAUGGCGCUGUUCGAAAAGAAUGACUCCGCCGUCCAAGAAGAAGCAGCCCAAGAAGAAGACGAAGACGAAUGGGAAUGUUUGGACGCCAUCCAACAACAAUCGCCCACCGCUGCGGCCGCGGCUCAACAAGAAGAAGCCCCCGCCGACGACGACGAUCAAGAUUUUUGCGACUUCGCGAGCGCGCUUGAGACCGACCUUGAGACGGAGACGGCGGCGAUACCAACAGAGGAAGAUGAUGGCGGCGCCGCGAGAUCGCUGGUCGCCGACGAGCGAGGAGACGACGACAUCGCGCUGGACAUAAACGACGUGCUCAGCUUCGUCGACGUUGAAGACGACGGCGAUGGCGCCUGGGAAAGGGUGCCUCUCUCGGACUUCACUCAUCUUCGGUACUAG